UCUCUCGCUCUCUCUCCUGGCAGCCUCAGCAGUCUCCACAACCACAGCUAGACUCUGGUGCAGCAUCGAUCCAUAUGUGCACGUGUGCCUUUCCUCGGGUGCCAGGUUCUUGGGGAGCGUUCUGCUUUCGAGCGUGUGCGAGCGUGCGAGUGUGAUCUGCGUGAGAAUGUGCGCCUGAGCGUCUGUGGAGCAUCCUUUGUACGGGGGAGAGACUGAGAGACAGUGCGAGGAUGCAUGGUGGGCAGGUGUUGUCGUGAUCGCUGGAGUUUUCUGUGUACUGUCUGUGCCUUCUGCCUUCCCCUUCCUCCAAUCUGGUCAUCUUGUGAGGAUAAAUUAAAAAAAAAAAGAAAGAAGCAGCGUCCUUGCUGGGAUGUCCACCUCGCCUGGUGCAAGAGACGGCAGCCAAAGGAACUCUUUGGAGCUGGAGUCGGAGCACGCGCAGAGGGUCCCGGGAGCAGAGCAGGGAGGUGUCCCGCCCCCACAAGUCAAGCUGAAGGAGAGGCAGAAGUUCUUUGAGGAGGCCUUCCAGCAAGACAUGGAGCAGUACCUGUCCACCGGCUACCUGCAGAUCGCUGAGAGGAGAGAGCCAAUAGGCAGCAUGUCGUCCAUGGAGGUGAACGUGGACAUGCUGGAGCAGAUGGACCUGAUGGACAUGUCGGACCACGAGGCCCUGGACGUGUUUCUGCACUCCGGGGGAGAGGACAACAGCGCCGCCUCGCCUGUCGCAGGUCCCGACGUGGAGUCGUUCACCACGGAGAUCAGCCUCCAGGUCCCCACCCAGGCCGAGCUGCGACACAAGCUGUCCUCCCUGUCCUCCACCUGCACUGACUCGGCCAGCCAGGACACAGAGGCUGGGGAGGAGGACGAAGACGAGGAGGAGGAGGAGACUGAGCAGGCGGGAGGAGGAGCAGGAGGAGGAGGAGGAGGAGGUGUUGGAGGGUCGGGGGGCGUCAGGAGGAGAAGGCCCCCCGUGGUGGUGACCCUGGAUGAGGAGGAGGUUCACCCCGACACGGCGCUGGUGGACAGGGCGGAGCAGGAGGAGCAGACCAGCAAAGACUGUCAGGAGAGCAGGCCGAAGGUUUGAGGGAGGCCGGAACUGGAUCCAACCACGAGAAAAACACCCACAGCUGCCAAAUCAACACCGGAUAUACAACAACAUCGGCUUUGCUCUUUUAUUCCGUCCCAAUACAAGAAAACAGAGGAAACACUGAGGUUGCACUAACUGCCACAUGACCUUGCCUUAAAAAAAAAAAAAAAAAAUCACUGAUGUGGGUUUUUAACUCAAAUUGAAUCUUAUAUAAAACUGGUUUGUGUUCUCUUUAGCACUAGCUAGCUUAACAUGCACAUAAAUCAACUAGUCUGAUGUUUUUCUUUGAAUAUAGAGAGCGUCCCAAAAGUUUCAGCUGUCAGUCAGAGAGACGAGAGGCUUUGCAGUGUCUGGACCUUCUCAGUGACAAAUCGCAGGCUAACUUCGCUAACCUCUUGGCUGCUAGUUCGAAAAAGAUUGAAUAAUUUCCAAAACUUCACUAACCUUCUAGACCAGGGGAAUCCAUGGUAAACCAACACAGUCGCCAGAUUUCAAGUACAGUGGACCUAGUUGCAGAGAAGACGUGUUUAGAGCUGAGAUCAAGUGAAAGUCUGGCGUGUUACCACAGUUUCUGGAAUCAGAGCCAAUAAUUGUCACAAAUUAUGAGGAUAUUGAGAAUUUACUGUGUAAUAAGACUCCCUGAAGCUCCCAGUAGAGAACAUGACCACUGCUGAAAGUGGAAAUCACUUGAAGAUGCUGCAGAAAAUAACUCUGGACUUCAGCAUCACCUGGCAGACAUGAGGAUGUUCCACUGCAAAGCCACGGCGCUGUCGGCCUCACGUCUGUUUGACUAACCCCAAUCAUAACCUCUGUUUGACUGCGAACUGGAAAAGAGAAGAAAUCUGAACGUCUACAGGAACUUUUGGGACUUUUUUUUUUUUUAAUGUUAAUAAGGUAUGUUGAGUCUGGUCCGAGGGCUGUUACUGAUCCAACAAGUGAUCAGACAUAUCAACACACACUAGAAUCAUUCAUAUGAUCCUUUGAUGCUCCCUGCUCAUUCUUUAGCAUUUUACAGAAAGCAGCUGUAUUUGUGUUUGCGCCAUUUUCACUUUCUAGAUUUCUGCCAAAAGGACAGUUAAUCACCAGCUCUAUCGGGAUCAUCACGCUUCCAAAUCUUAGUGCAGGUCAUGUGCAUGAAAUUGAUCAAACAAGCUUAUUUCCAACUUACCUCUGUGAGCAUCUGCUCUUACAGAGUUCUGGCUUUGUUUUGUCCAGUUUCCAGGUGAGUGACUCAGAUCCAUACUGCUGCCCACACGAUAUGCAGGAGAAAACAGUUCACUUAAAAUUUUAUAAAGUCUCUUUCUACACCUGGUUUCCAAAAACCUAACAUUGGUAGAUACUUUCUUAACAAAAGUCAAUUAAGCCUUUAGAACAGAAACUGGUAAAUAAUUAAUAAAUAAUGUGCAUGGACCAUCAAAAGGAUAUUUCCAUACCUUCAUCCAUGAUUUGAACCCACAAAAACUUUCUUUUUAAUUAUUUUUUGAGCUCUGCAAUACAGAAAACUACAGAUUUGCUUCUCUUGUGCCAUGGGCACACGGACCGGGCAGCCAGAGGGUCGUAAACCACAGUACUGUACAGCAGACACACUGAUGAAGUUCAGGUAUUAUGAAGACAAAGACUCAACUCUCUCUCUCACUCACACACACACACACACACACACACACACACACACACACACACACACACACACACACACACACACACACACACACACAGAUAGGAGAGUUCCCCCUUUGCCAUUCCUUCCACUCGUGAUCUUUGGGUGAACUUCCGAUUCUGAAUGAGGACCAAACCCCCGUGGUGGACUGUGUGCUAUGCACUGGACGAAGCCCAGAAGGUUUCUCUAUAUCCACACCCCCUUUUGUCAGCGAUUGUUGGCAUUUGUGCAACGUGACAGCGUUACUCCUCCCUUUCUUUUCCCUCUGCCUUCAACUCCCGACUUGUUGUAAUAAAUGUUUCCCCUCUCAUCUUCGUUUAACUUCCAUCUGAGCAUUUUUAGGAGGACGUUAGAAUAAUGAAAUGCGGGCAGGAUUUAGGGCUGGAGUACGUCGACACGUCUUGGAUUUACAGUCCUGUCUGAGCACUUAACAAAAUGGAAAGCUGACGCGGCCUGCAAGAGGAGGAAAGGCUCCCCGUUUUCCUUUGGUAGGAGAAUAUUUUAUGAUAUGUACAAAAAUUAUUACGGUUAAAUGUUUUAACUGGAAAAAGUGAAGCAAUAUUAGUGCUGUGCUGAAAGUAAACGACUUUCCGAGGCUGA